AUGAGACUAACCAACAGCACCGUUCCAGUCUAUACGGUGUCUGGCUCCUCGACCUCUCGCAGCCUCCCGGAAGGGCUUUCGCAACAGCAGAAGCGAAAAAAGGACCCCGAAUAUGCCAACCGCGUCGAGCUGCUACAAGACUUUGAAUUCGAGGAAGCCAGUCAAUGCGUACGGGUCAGCGAAGAUGGCGAAUGGGUCAUGAGCACGGGAACAUAUAAGCCACAAAUCCAUACUCAUUACCUACCCAACCUCGCGCUUUCGUGGGCAAGACAUACCAAUACCUUGAACAAGACAUUCAUCUUCCUCUCCUCCGAUUAUUCCAAAUCUGUUCAUCUGCAAGAGGACCGCUCCCUGGAGUUUCAUACACCUAGUGGAUGUCAUGAUUCGCUACGAAUACCGCGGUACGGUCGUGACCUUGCGUAUGACCGGAGCAGCACCGAAUUGCUGGUUCCAGCCGUUGGGGUGAAUGCAAAUGGAAUGGGAGAGGUGUUCAGGAUUAAUCUUGAGCUGGGAAGAUUCAUGAAUGAGUUUGAGGUGGACGUUGGAGGUGACGACAUGAACUCAAUAGGCGGUGGUGCUUUACAAGGAGGCAUCAGAGCUGGCAGUGUCAACGUCGCUGCAGUCGCAGAAGGCAGCCACAACCUGUUGGCAUUUGGCACGUCACUAGGCACGGUCGAGUAUUGGGAUACGCGAUCUAGAGCUCGUGUGGCUACCCUUGGUGUGCCUGCCGACUUUGAAGGGCGGCCGCAGGUGACAGCUCUCGACUUCCAUCGUUCUGGCAUCAGCAUGGCCGUUGGAACUUCAUCUGGACUCAUCUACCUCUACGAUCUACGAUCCUCACUUCCGACUUUGAAGAAGGACCAAGGCUACGGUUACCCAAUCCAGUAUAUACAGUUCUUGACGCAGGGUGUCAAGACCCGAGAUUCCAUUGGAGAGCCUAAAGUCGCCUCAGCAGACCGACGGAUAUUGAAGCUCUGGGACGAGCGGGACGGAACACCUUGGACGUCGGUAGAGCCAGCGGUGGACAUUAACUGCGUUGCUUGGUGCAAAGAUAGUGGGAUGUUUCUGACGGCCAACGAAGGUCGACAACAACAUGCAUUCUUUAUUCCACAGCUUGGGCCGGCCCCCAAGUGGUGUUCAUUCCUGGACAAUGUCGUCGAGGAGAUGACCGAGGAUCCAAAUGAUCCGUACGCGUUCUCAAAGUCAAAGAUAGGGGAGGUGUACGACAACUACAAAUUCCUUACGCCGCCUCAACUCCGCAUGCUCAACUUGGAUCACCUCGUGGGCAAGACGAAUCUCCUCCGACCAUACAUGCAUGGCUUCUUCGUAGCUCAGGGAUUGUAUGAGGAAGCCAAACUGAUUGCAAAUCCGACGACCUGGGAAGAGGAGCGAGCGAAGCGGGUUCAAGCGAAGAUCGACAAAGAACGCGAGAGCAGAAUCCGUGGCAAGAAGAAAAUCAGUGUCAAAGUCAACCGGAAGAUGGUAGAACGAAUACUUGAACGCGAAGAAAAGAAUGAACGACGUCGCGCUCAAAGGGUAUUGGCACAAGGAGGUGAUGAGGCUGCGGCUGCGGAGGCCACCAAGGUUCUCUCUGCUCAAGAUGAAGAGAAAGGUCUCCUUGCAGAUUCACGUUUCGCCAAACUCUUCCAAGAUGAGGAUUUCGCAGUGGAUGAGACUUCCAGAGAGUUUCAGCAACUCAACGCUAGCACCAAGGUGGCUGCAUUGGAUCACGACCGAGAAAAGGGUCUGACCGCUGUCGAAGAGGAAGCGAUCGACGAAGUUCCUGGGUCGAGUGACGAGGAUCAGACAGAUGAAGAUGAUGGGCCCUUUAGAUACAAAACAACAGAUCGAAUAUCGACUGCCGAUUACAGACGCCACUCGGGCAAGAAACAGAAGAAGAGGGGCGAUCAAAUUCAGAUGCGGGUCACGUCUUCUAAGUCGAAUAACGCUGCAAGAACAUCACACGAUCGCUCAUUUGGCUCUCGAGCUGAAAGCUUCCGGCCAGUCGAACGGGCCAAACGAAGAAUUGGUUUUGGCGAGGCUGUCGGUGACAAGGUCAUAUCUUUUGAUCCGACCAAGAAGCCAAAACGUACCAACAGUACUAAUGGCGGCGUUACAAAAGCAUCGAGAGGUCAAGAUCGAAGAAGUGCAUCAGGGAAUACGUUCAGGAAAAUGUGA